UUGACUAUUUGGUAUACACAACAAUAUAAUCGCUCGAAAUGAUUUUGCAACCGUAUGUAACACAGUAAAAUUUUGCAUAAUUGAGACGGGAUUCUUUUCUUUUCAUAUUGACAAAAAAAAAAUUAUGACAGAGUUUUUUAUAUCAUAUUUAAAUGCCGAACGAAGAACAUAGAAUAAAUGUGAUAUUAAACGCGAAUGAAACACUGUGGUUGGUAUGCAUAUACAAUUGUGAAGGUGCUAUGAAAAAACAUAUUAUUUUGUAGACCUUGUCUUAUUUCAUCGGUGUGUAACGGUGAAAUUGUAUCGUUAUUGUUUUUAUCAGCAUCAAAAUCGAUGAGAUUGUACUUGUAUCCUGAACAAUCAUUGGUAUUAUUAUUAUUGGUUAUGUUGUUGUUGCUGUUGUUGUUAUCAUGAGAAGAGAGAGUGAAAAAGACAUUGUAAUGUAAUCCUUUCGCAUCCCGACCACUUCAUUCAUAUCAAUGGGAAAUCGUUGUCAUGUAUUCAAAAUGGAAAUCCCAUUGAAUGCGGAUAAUGUGUGUGUUACCGUCAUCGUAACCGUUUUCGCACUUUCUUCAACCGAGGCACUUCUUCAUCUUGUGCAUUGUGUGUUACGCAUAUCUUCAACAAUCAAAUAAAUAUUUUAUACACACAUAUAUAACCAAAUAUAUAAAGACAUACAUCUAUAUCUAUAUAAGUCUACACGUUUGCCUGUGUAAUGUGAAUGUGGAAAGAGAGUUUUCCGUUUUUCGUUGGUUUGAUGAUGAGGUCCAUGUGUUUGAUAUAGAAAAUGAGCAAAGAGAGUUUAUUCAACAAUUGGCAAUGAACACCACAGCAGUUGAGCAAAAGCCUCGAAUACGAUAGCAUACACACAGCAUUCAUCUUCAGUGUUAUAUUAUUAUUAUUUUUCUUUUUCAUUCACCGAAAACCAUAUGACAGUGUUAAUACUUGAGAGACGCGUUCACUUUUGAUUGUUUGACACUGUUCUUGGCAUUUAUUUCCAAUACGGUGUGUGCGUGUGUGUGUAUGUUCCAAUUUGAGGACUUUUCAAUGCAAUAGAAAAACGUGUGCCAGCAUAGAUUUCCUUAUUUUAAUUUAUUUUUCAAAUACAGUGCAGCAGUGUCAUUAGCAGUGUUCUUAAAAACUAAUUAAUAGUUAUAUAUUCAUACCGUGUGUUUGUGAUAAAAAAUGGAACAAUAUUCGGUCGAAUUUUCGUUUCGUAUGUAAAUGAAUGUGUUAUUUUAUCAUCAAUACUAGACAUACACCAAAUAAAGAAAUAAAAAAGUAAAUAAUAUUGAAGAUACGAGGAGAGAUUUCAGGGCAAUUUCAUUUCGAUCUCUUGAAAACCAAAAGUAGCAAAAGAAGGAUACCAAAGUAAAAACGCAAAUCAACACUCUAAGCAUGGAACGAGAAAGAAAAAAUACCGUCACAGAAAUCAGUUAUAUUCUUCAACAAGAGGAAGGGACGACUGAAAAAACGGACAGCUUAUCAUCAUUGCCGCAGGCUCUAUUCAACUACAUCAAUUCAAUAGUUGGAUCUGGAAUCAUUGGCAUCCCAUAUGCGUUUCAUCGUGCAGGAUUUGGCUUGGGACUUUUAUUAUUGGUGAUUGUUGCUGCAAUCACAGAUUACUCACUUAUACUAAUGGUACGAUGUGGACACAUUUCAGGCCGUUUUUCGUACCCUGGCAUUAUGGAAGCAGCAUAUGGUAAAUGGGGAUACUAUGUAUUAAGUUUGCUGCAGUUUUGCUAUCCAUUUUUAGCAAUGAUAAGUUAUAAUGUAGUGGUCGGAGACACAUUGACCGCUGUGCUGAUGCGCUUUCUACCGGCGUCGAGUAUUUCAAUGGGCACCGUACGCUUUUUUGUUGUAUUCACAGUGACCGUAUUUUUGGUAUUACCCCUUUGCCUAUACAAAAAUAUAUCGCGAUUGGCAAGAGCAAGUUUUAUCUCCCUUGCUUUUAUUUGUAUUAUUCUAUUUGCUGUCAUUCUAAAAUUUAUCUCUGGAGACUACGAUGUCGUUCCAAGCGUUGAUAAUUCGUGGCAAUUUGCUAACAAGGAUGUAAUCCCGGCAACAGGCAUUAUGGCUUUUGCUUUUAUGUCCCAUCACAAUACAUUCUUGGUGUAUCAGUCGAUGCGAGAUGCAACGCUCGAAAAAUGGGAACAGGUGACACACAUUUCGAUUGGCUUUGCAUGGGUUGUAGCCGCACUAUUUGGCAUCGCUGGUUAUGCCACUUUUCGCGGUUUGUCACAAGGCGACUUACUCGAAAAUUAUUGCUGGGGCGAUGAUUUGAUGAAUUUUGUUCGUGUACUAUUUUCGAUAUCAAUUUUAUUGACAUUUCCCAUUGAAUGCUUCGUUUCGAGAGAGAUUGUAAAAAAUCAAAUUCAUCGAUAUAAAUCGAACGCAACAGAUCCAGUUGAAUACGAAAAAGAUUCGGAUCCAGUGCAUGCAGUGGGCGACAUCAAUGACGAUUUAUCUAAUAAAAUAACAUUGGCCAUUGUUUUGACAGCAUUCUUUAUAUCACCACUGACGGAUUGCCUUGGACCUGUGUUGGAAUUGAAUGGUCUAUUGGCCGCAAUACCAUUAGCAUAUAUUUUACCCGGACUGGCAUAUAUACAAAUGGAAUCACACUCAUUGUUUAGUCGUGAAAAAUUGCCUGCGGUUGGCCUUGUUGCUUUUGGUACGGUUGUAACAUUGGCUGGAGCUGGUUUACUUUUAAAGAAUUUAACAGGUGACUGUAAAUCAAAUAUAGUUCUAGACUAUUGCCAAAAUUAUGGAUCCUAAAUGAGAAAAUGUUUGUGCCAGAAAGAAAACAAAUAUAUAUUUUAAAAUAUAUAUUAAGAAAAGCAUGCACACAAACACACUAGUAUGGCUUUUAAUUAAGAACUUUACGCUUUUUAAAGUGAAUGAAGAAGAAAAAAAAUGUAUUUUUUGACCAAUGAUAUGCAUAUUUUUACUCUUGUAACUCAGUGGCGUGCCACGCCGAAUAUCAGUUUCAAAUUAAAUGAGGAGAUAUGUCAGAUAAACUGACACCGACCACAUUCAACAUAAAACAAAAUAAUCCAUUUUAACUGUGUAUAGAAAUCAGUGAAUAUAAAAUGUAGAAACAAAUUGAAUUGAUCAAACCAAUUGUGAAAUGCAAUUUUUUUGUCUAGCGCAUCGUGCUUCAUAUGUACUUGAAUAGCAUAUUAAGGGCAAAUUGUUCAUAUCACGCCAAAUUAUUUUUUGGCAGCAACUCGAAAAGCUUUGACGUUUUCAGUGAAGAAUAUAGAAGGAGCAGAAAAUAAGACAAAAAAAGGAACCAUCCACAUCAUAAUUUAAAGUGCCAUUGUGAGGAGCCUAAUAAUUGAACUGAAUAUAUUUAUUUUUUAUUUUUGUGUCCCUCUAUCAAGGAUCACUAUCAGAAUUACAACAAAAUCAAAAUAUUUUAAAUUCAUCAAAUAUUUCAUUAAAAAUCAUGGAGCCAAUAAUUUUAAGUUGGACAAGUUUGUUCAAAGCCUAUUCAUAUUUUUUGGCCAAUGAUGCUAUAACCAUGUAUGCAUGUAGAUUCAAUCUUUAGAAAAAUCUUAUAGUUUGGGUGUUGGGCAUGGAAAUAACAGCGUGAAUUUAAGAACGACAUUCAACCGAUUAACAAAACUAGUCGAUGUGACGCAAAUUUUCCUUUGGAAUGAAUUGGUUUAAAUUUGAAUAGCUUUUAAAGCAUUUAAAUCAGUAUAAAUUUAUACUGAUUAUAAUCAAUGAUUAAUCCUGAACAAUUUUGCGCUUUCAAAAAAUUAUACUGUCAAUCACGGCAACAAAGAUUGCUCAAUACUACUAAUUUUCGCCACUAUUUCGCAUGUAUUGAUGCAAUAUUCUGUAGUUAAAACAAAUAGUAAGUUUUAGAAUUAUAACGAUGAUGAAAAUGAAUAUUUUACAGAGAUAAAAGUACAAAAUAACUAAAUUAUUUAGGAUUAAAUUUUAUUAUUAUGAAAUAUAUAUAAAGGAAACACAAAUCUCAUUGGAUGUGAUGUAUGAAAAACUGGACCAGUUACUGGGUUUGUUUUCAAAAAUUCGUUCGAAUUUCAUUUACCCUGAAUGUAGAUCAUUCCCGCCGAUGCGAAAUUGAUUUCAAUCAUUUUCUACUACAACACUUUGCUAAUUAUUCAUUUUGAAGACAAUCUAAUCGGGCUCAUUUUUAAACUUAAGAGCAUUUGCAAGAAGAACAACCAACAUCAUUUUUUAAAACCACAAAAGGGUACUUCAUUUUUGUCAAUUUUGGAUAUUUAUUUUGAAUUUACACACAAACAUACACACAUCAU